CUCUCUCUCUCUCCUUCACUGGUUUUUUAGUGUGUGUGUUACUGUGUGAAAAUAUUCUCUUCUUCAUCCAUCUCCACUUCCCAUCAUCUAUCAAGAUUCAAACCAAAACAACAUCUAUUUGAGACUAGAUUGUAAUUUAUCCAAGAAAACCUGAAUCUUUUUACAGAUAUCCCUAAACCACCUGGUUCUUUUUAUGGGGUUUCAUCAUCUCUUUAAUUGAAGAACACUCAAUGAAUCACAGUCAUGCAUCAUCUUCUUCAUCUUCAUCCAUAUAUCUAUUUUUAGUAGCUUCUGCUUGUGUUAGCAUCUUAUAAGUCAAAAUAAGCUGAUCGAAAAUGAUGUCUGGUGAUGGGUUUUCAUCACCUCCUCCUUCCCUCACAGCUUUGGUCCAUGACCCUGUAACAAAACCUAACCCUAAUUCUGCGAAUUCAGCUAAGCGAAAACGUAGUCUGCCUGGCACACCAGAUCCAGAUGCAGAAGUGAUAGCGUUAUCACCAAAGUCUCUGAUGGCGACGAACCGAUUCAUGUGUGAGAUAUGCAACAAGGGUUUUCAGAGAGAUCAGAAUUUACAGCUUCAUAGAAGAGGACACAAUCUGCCAUGGAAGCUUAAGCAAAGAAAUAAACAAGAAGUUGUGAGGAAGAAGGUUUACAUAUGCCCAGAAAAAAGCUGUGUUCAUCAUGACCCUUCUCGAGCUCUCGGAGAUCUCACCGGAGUUAAGAAGCAUUUUAGCAGGAAACAUGGCGAAAAGAAAUGGAAGUGUGAGAAGUGUUCGAAGAAGUAUGCAGUUCUGUCGGAUUGGAAGGCUCAUAGCAAGAUUUGUGGUACCAGAGAGUACAAGUGUGAUUGCGGAACACUCUUUUCCAGGAAAGAUAGCUUUGUAACGCAUAGAGCAUUUUGUGAUGCAAUUUCGGAAGAACACUCAGGAAUGGCGUCGUUUCCGAUGGUUCAAACCACCACGAAUCUCAAUUUCCAAAGAGAUUUGAUGAUGAUGAACGGCGGUGAUAGGAUUGGGAACCCAAGGUUACCGGCGAUUUUUUGUGGUGGUGGCGAGUUAGCAAAAAGUCCAGACGGAAACGAGAUGAAACCCAGAUUACCAAUUUGGCUGCACCACCAUGCCAAUAAUCCACUCGACAACUCUACAACCAAUUCGUUGUUUUUGGGGUCAUCAAGCUCCAACGACAACAAUGGCGGCAUAUUGUCGUCAGAAAUGGUGCAGUGGCUGAGUAGAAGCCAAGAAGCAGUUCAAACUUUUACAGAACUGCCACAAGGCUUAUCCUUAGAAGAGGAAGAGAACAACAAAGAGGAAAUGCAGUUGAAUUCGUUGUAUAAUUAUGGUGGUUGUCCUAAUUACCCGCCACCACCUCCGCCACAUUUAUCGGCCACCGCCCUUUUACAGAAGGCGUCUCAAAUUGGAUCCACGAGAAGUACCAACUCCGGCGGGUUUGGGUUUAUGAGCACUACUAAGCUCUCCGAGCUUACUUCUUUGAACCAAACCAGAAACAAUGGCGGCUCCCAAGCGGAGAACUUGAGAGGUGAAAUGAUGAACGGCGAUGGAUUGACGAUGAUGAUGAUGGCGGGAUUGAAUAAGAAAACCGGCGAGGGGAAUUUAACCAGAGAUUUUCUUGGCGUGGAAGGGUACGAGAGACGAGCAUUUAGUUUGCAACAAGAGCUGAUCAAGUUCACUUGUUCGAACAACGAUUCCAGCAUAGGUUUCAGUGGCAGUCAAUGAGAGGUGUAGUAGUAGUGUAGUAGUACUACUGCUUUUAAAAGAAUAUGUGUUUGGGAUGAUAAAAGUGAGAUUGGCAAAUCAAUCAGUCCUAUGAAUUGUCAGAGUGCCCAGUGAGGAGAAUACGACCAAUCCAUUUGGUCCGUAUGAUCCCACUCGCUUUGGUCUGGUCCGGUCCGGUCUGAUCAAGCUACGAUUUAAUCGUCAUUUUUUAUGAUGAAUAAUCGAUGAUGGUCGAUUUAUCUAAGGAGAAGGGAGACAAUAAUGUGAUGGGCGUAUGCAUGAUUAAUCGUGAAAUGUGGAGAAGGGAGACUAAUGUGGUGGGCGUAUUCAUGAUGAAUAGUUGAUGAUGGUCGAUUUUUCGA